UCCACUCUUUGAUGUCGUCUUACUCCUUCGUUGUCACUCCUAUCCGUCGUAUAUGUCUUUAAUUGUCAUUCAUUUACUCCCUCUUCGUUUCUCCCUCUCCGUACAUGGCUUUUUGGACUACAGUGAUGGAUUCUUCGAGAAUUCGAGACGCAUCCUCCGUCGGCCGCCGACUGGUGCCAGUUAUGGUUGACCAAAUUGCCAAAGAGGACCCCAGACGAAAGAUCUUCUCUUUUCCCAAAUCCGAGGAUCUCAAGGAUGGCUUUCAGGAUUUAGACUUUUCAACAUUUGCGAACGCUGUUAACAAGACUGCAUUCUUUAUUCAACGAGAGAUCGGUCGAAGCUCGAUGUUCGAGACUGUAUUAUAUAUGGGCGACCCUGAUGUUCGCCAUUUUAUUGCACUGGUUGCGUUAAUGAAAACAGGACACAAGGUUCUAUUUAGUUCACACCAUAAUAGCAUUGCUGGUCAUGUCGACUUGAUCAGACGGACCGACUGCGCGAUUCUCCUACACACCGCAGGAUUUUCUAUCUCUCAUAUUGCAGAGAAAUGCCGGAUGGAAACCAUCUGCAUGCCGGAACUGGACUAUCUGCUGGACGAUAGCCAGUCAUGCGAACACUAUCCUUAUAAUUUCACGUUCGAGGAGGCCAAAAAUCACCCCUGUGUGGUGGUGCAUACGUCCGGCUCGACCGGCAUGCCCAAACCUGUGGUAUGGACACACCAGGCCCUUGUUCAUUCCGACGUACACCACAAAGUGCCGCAGUUCGAAGGCAGGCCGACAAUCUACGGUGGAGUCUCGGAUCAGGGAUCGAGGACUUUCAGUGCGCUGCCAAUGUCUCACGGUGCAGGCCUUCUAGGGGGAAUGGUUCUUUCAUUAUUCAACAAGACUACGGUCGUAUUGGGGCCUCCAGGACCAGUCACUGCGGAUACGGUCAGCGAUAUUAUAGAGUAUGGUCAUAUCGAUUCGAUGAAAUGCGUCCCAGUAACCCUUGAAGAUGUAGCUCAGAGACCCGAUGUACUAGCGAAGCUUAAGGAUUUGUAUCACAUCAUCUAUGUUGGAGGGCAAUUAUCAAAACGAGCCGGUGACACCAUCACUAACUAUACCCAUCUUUACUGUAGCAUGGCGAGCACCGAGACAACCACGAUAAUACAACACGCAACGGACCCCAACGACUGGAACUACAUGAUGUUCAACCCCGACUACAAUGGCAUCGAGAUGCGACCUUUAGGACACUUGUACGAGCUUGUCUUCGUUAGGAGACCCGAAAUCGAAGAAUUCCAAGGUAUCUUCAAAACCUUCCCCAAGAAGAAAGAAUACUCCAUGUCGGAUCUUUACUCCAAACACCCAACGAAACCGCACCACUGGAAAUAUGAAGGAAGGAAAGAUGGCAUGAUCAUAUUCAAGAAUGGUUGGAAUUUCAACCCGCUAAUCCACGAGCAACUUAUCAUGGCGCACACUGCCGUCGAAAACUGUGUGCUCGUAGGAACGGGGCGCGAUAAGCCGGCCGCCAUCAUUAAACUCAGCAAGGAGUACUAUACCGAGGACAGAGAGGCGUUGGAGGAUUUGUUGGACGACAUCUGGGAGAAUGUGGAGCAGGCGAACGAGUUGGCGGACACAGCUGGGCAGCUUGAGCAGGAAUAUGUGAUAUGGGCCAGGAACGAUAAACCGUUCUUGAUUGCUGGCAAGGGUACUGUGCAGCGGAAAGCUACGAUCGAACUUUAUGAACACGAGGUCGAUGAAUUAUACAGGAUAAGAGGCUAAUCGAGAGGGUUGCAUAUUUUGGCGUUG